AUGUGUGAGUGUACCUCUGUUUUCUUUGACCUUUCACAGUUUCACUCAUUGCUGCAGAUUUCAUUUCACAUUAACCAGUUGCUGGUCUGUUUCUCCCCAAUAAACUCAGCAUUUAAUUUAAGGUUUAGGCUUGAAGAGGUUUGCACCUUUUCGUACUGGAAUCACUUUAAGGACGAGGUCCGUAAAGUAAAGAAGAAAAGGAAAAUGAUGAUAAGGAGAAGGUUAGCCUGUUGCACGAAGGACAUGCGAGAGAUUAGCAUCGACUUUGAUGAACGGAUAAUGACUUACAACGGGCUUGAGACGUGCAUUCUCAACAGCGGGUCAUAUGACAAUGAGAGCCGAACGAGCGUGUGCAUGAGUGACUCGUUUGACGAGGAUGACUCAGCCUCCUCCUCCACCACCACUAACCAUUUUGGCUCCUUUUCCUCUCUCGAGAAAGACGAGUGGGCCCCCAUAGCCAAGUGCCUCAACCUCAACCAAAAACAAAAGCACCACAUUUCGGCUCGGUUUUUGGAUAUCGACACAAUGAAGGAGAAGUUCGCGAAGCUGUUGUUGGGCGAUGAUGUCAUGGGCGGGGCUCGUGGUGUUUCGACUGCGCUUGCGCUUUCGAAUGCUAUAACAAAUCUAGCGGCUUCUGUAUUUGGGGAGCUUUGGAAGUUAGAGCCAUUUCCGGAGGAAAGAAAGAGAAAGUGGCGAAGGGAAAUGGAGUGGCUCCUUUCGCCAACGAACUAUAUGGUCGAGUUGGUUCCCUCCAAACAAGGUGGCGUAAAUGGUCGGACAUUAGAGGAAACACUAGACUCAAUGAUGGGUACUGAGUUUUGGUAUGCUAUGGUCGGCAGUCGAGCAGAAGGUAGAAGCAGAAAUGACAGCUGGAAGAAGAUGAGGUGGUGGCUUCCUUCACCACGGGUCCCGGCAGUCGGCCUCUCGGACAUUGAGAUUAAGAGAUUGUUGCAUAAGGGUAAAUUGGUGUAUCAAGUGUUCAAAGCUGCAAAGUCAAUAAAUGAAAAUAUCUUGGCUGAGAUGCCGAUUCCUGCUGCUGUCAAGGAUUCACUCCCAAAGUCUGGAAAGGUGAGCCUUGGGGAAGAACUCAACAAAAUACUAAAUGCUGAAUCUCUGUCCCCUGAGGAAAUGGUCAAUUGCAUGAACUUAAAAUCCGAGCAUGGUGCAAGCGAAGCCAUUAACAGACUGGAAGCAGCAAUAUUGGCCUGGAAGGAGAAAAUUGUCGGACAAGUCAACAAGAAGUCAACUGUUCAGCCAUCGUGGCCUUUCACAAAGGAUUCACUUUCCGAGCUCGAUAGAUUUGAGUUGUUAGUGAACCGGGCUGAGUUGCUCGUGCAUCAGCUCAAGAUUAAGUAUCCGAAUUUGCCUCAGACAUUUUUUGAUGCGACAAAAAUACAAUAUGGCAAGGAUGUGGGACACUCAAUUCUUGAAGCGUACUCGCGUGUGAUGAGCAAUCUAGCAUUCAGCAUUCUGUCCCGAAUAGGGGAUAUUUUGCAAGAAGAUGUGAUGAGCAAUCCAAACUCACCUACUGCCAUGCCAUGUCUCGUGGGAGCUAAAAUACCGGGAAUCUCAGACAGCCCUAUGCUCGAUCGUGUCAGGCACUCACUUGUUCAUUAACUGAACUGUGCGGAUUGCAGAAAGGGGUAAUUUUUCACAAAAUUGAUGGCUGUCAUGAUGUCGAGGGUCGUGUGGAGGAAGUUAGUUAGUUCUGUUCAAUUACAUCGAGCCUCAAUUACAUCGACCCUAUAGGCUUAUUUGCUCGAAAUUCUCCUCGACAAAGAUUAACGAUGAUUGCAUUUUGCUUAAUGUAUGUAUACUGUAUCAUCUGAAUGUGAUCCGGUAAGUUAUAAUGUAAUUUUGUCCUUGUCACAAAGUGAUGGAGACGAGAUCGCCCUCGCGUUCCUCGAUAAAUAUGAUCGGAUGCCGUUACUUAAUUAAUUAUUUUAUUGCCUUUCUACUUAUUCUUAUUAGAUAUCCUUAUUUAUGUUACUUAGAAUUAGGAAAAUAAUUAUUUCAUUUUAUCUUGUUUAGCAAGUUAGGUUUUUGG